AUGCUCAAGGUACAUAGUGCGGCAACCAGAGAUAAUUGGGCUCCUAAAUCUUUUAAGUUUGAUGGGAACCACCCAAGAACGUUUCACAAUGGCUCCAUUGGUUGUUACAAGUGUGGUCAAGAAGGUAGUUUUAUGAAAGAGUGUCAUAAAAAUAGGCGGGGUAGUGUAUUUAGAGUCAAUAGAGCUCAAUAUUCUUCAGUUGCUCCACCAGACGGGGCUGGUGCACCUAGAGGUUGUACUUUCGGAACUGGAGGAGGAGAAAACCGCCUAUAUGCUAUCACAAGUCACCAAGAGUAUGAGAAAUCUUCAGAUGAUUUCACAAAUCUAGGAGAAAGCCUAUCUUUUGUGACUCCUUAUGUUUCCCUUAAUUUUGAUAUUCUUCCUGAGCAACAUCUUGAGCCCUUCAGUAUUGCUACACUUGUUGGUGAGUCUAUUCUAGCUGAGAUUGUAUCGUGA